UAAACAGUUGGGAAACCACAAUUUGUUGAUAAUCUUAGCAAUGGAGGAUUAUUACACCUGGACAUAUCCCGACGUUCCUGGAAAUGUCGCCCAGGAACUGCUGCAGCUGGAGAAGUCAAUUGUGGUGGUUGGAAUCGUCGGCCGGUCUAAAUGCGAGAGGGCAAAUAAAAUGCAAGCAUUUGGAAUGAGCCCGCCAGCGAGUCAUACACCGGCUGACGGUCAGGUUCAAUGCUACUACAAACGGGGCACCUCCUGCCUCUUUCUCCACUUCGAAACCACUUACGACGAGGUGAUCCUGCACCGGAUGAUAGAGGAUUCGAUUGCGGACUCACAGAACUCUUUUGAUUUUGACCAGUUCUAUGAGCGAAUGCGUAGCCGGUUUGUACGCAUGAUGCUGCUGGCCUUGCACACUUGCCACAUUGUGGUCUAUGUGGAAACCGGACCAACAUUCGAUCCAGCUCUGGUGACGGUGUUCCAGCUUCUGAAAUUCGCCAGAGAGCAGCAUUUGAAGCAGUUCCUUCCGCAGAUGCUACGAGAUAGUCCCGCCGCAAAGAUUGGGGAGAAGUCUCGUUUGUGUACUCCUAGAAUACUGUUCCUGUUUGAGAACUUUCCCUCUGACGAAUCAAAAACACGGGAGAAUGUCUCGGCGCAUGAAUUUCAAACUGAGGACAACAUUUACGAACUGCUACGUCACCAUCACAUUUUUACCAACAGUAGCACCAGUUCGUUGGUUGCGUUGCCCAACAACAAACAGUUUGUCUUCUUCAACGCCCACGAAGAGCUUCAUCCGGACUAUCUACUUAAAGCUAUCGACUGCCUAAAUAAGACAAUGUUCAAGCCAGAUAUGAGGGAGGAGGAGGAGGACCAAGAGAUCCUUGAGCUGGCGCCUUUUGAAGGCUUUUGCAAGCCCUUUGGCCCACCGGGAGAACGAGAUGCGGAGGAAAAGCAGUACAAGCGCCAGCACACAGCCUGGAACUUUCUGCAGCGCCACAUCCAGGAUGCUCUGCAGGGCUGCUUCGAUGAGGGAUCUUUUAAGCAGUUGCCCCAUCUGGGUCAGUUUCUACUGCUUAGCUUUCCAGAGUGGCAGGGAUGCAUGGACACGCUGACCAAACUGCUGGUGGAGAAUGCAAAGGACCCCAGUUUUCAGACAAGCAAUGAGGAAUAUAGAAACUUUCUAGAAAACUUCGAAGAUAGCUUAAACUACGAAAAAAAAUUCUGGGCCCAUUUGUGCGAGCUGGGAUUAAAAAAGGGCAUUUCUACGUACAAGAAUUCGGCUCCUGCUAACUAUGGUAGUGCCACUCACCACAAGCUUAUGGCGGAGGCCACUAUUGCCUUCGAAGAGGAGGGUCGCGGGCCGACGGCAGAGGCGGGGCUGGCCAAGAUGGCAGCUAUUUGCCAAAAGCACUGGCAGGACGGUCGCCAGCAAUGUGAAAAGUUAAGCCUACGCUCUCAGCCGUGUACGUUGCCCAAAGAUGUGCCCCACGACAAGCACAAUAGCGGAGUGAUCCACAUCUCUAGCUGCAAUUGCGGAAGGACGCAGGGUAGACGAGAUGACCCGUUUAACCUACGACAGGCCAACUAUGAUUUCUACGAGCAUGUUGCCCAGAUCUGUAAUCUUUGUGUGAAGGUGAAACAGUACCAGUUUCCCAUAUUCGAACCUUCUGUGAGUGAUUACCGAGCGGCGGCAUUUGAUGCUGCGUUUCCCAUGCUCAACACUGGUAAGAUCAGCACACCACUGGGCGAGGAAGAGAUCGAAGAUGUGGAGGAUGAUGAGGAUACUGAGGAGAAGGAUGUAGUAGAGGGAGAUAAUUGCUCGCAACAGCUUUCACCCACUUUUGGCUCCGACCUGAACAUGUCCAUUGCUGGUUUUGGGGCGUCGUUAAAUGAGUCCCAAGAGAGUUCUGAGCCAUUGUCCGGGUCCGAGCACGAAACCACCAGCACUGAGACGUCUAGUGAGGACACGGAAAACGAACUGAUUCUCCAAUUGAAAGAACCCGCCAGGAAAGAGUCUCCUCCAACUGGGGCCUAUUCCACAUCAACAACAGAGUACCUGCCCGGACUGGUGCACACCGUCAGCGACUUUGGCCUCUUGCCACUGUUCCCCAGCUGGUCUCUGGCAUGCGUUGGUCCGAGCUCCAUUUACAGCCACAACACCGGGUUGCAGGAACACUUCCAAAGCGGAUUUUUGUCUGGAGCUAACUUUCUGCUGCCAUGGGAUGUCCUACUGAGACUGGUGCACGCAAACAAGCAUCCCCAACAACAUCACCACAACAUGCACCAUUCCGGCAAGAAGCAACAGCGCUGGAAGAAGCAAGGCGACCGAUUAUCCAUCAAGAUUUUCGUGGGCAUGGAGUACGAGUGCUCGCGCGGUCACAGGUUCAUGAUGUGCGCCCCAGAUCGCGUGCUUCGCGGUGGAGCAGACAUCGAGAGAGACACCUGCAGCAAGGUGGUGCACAGCAACAUGCCCCUGUACUAUCCCUGCCCCUGUCGCUCUCAGAGCAACUACCUGGCUCAGCUAAUGCGUAUCCACGUCGUCACCCCCAAGGCGCCGGUUAACAUAAUCGUAGAUCCAAAAGUAUGUGUGGGCAAGUACACCUUCACGCUGGGCACCAUCGUUCCGCCACGAUUAUCGCAGAGUGCCUACUGGAUUCUGAGACUGCCAUUCGUGUAUCAGGGCGACAAUGAACUGAUAGAACCACCAGAAAAAUUGGAACCCGACAAUCCGAUGGCUGGGGGAUACCUGCUGCCAGGAAUGUUUGGUGUGGCUGAGACCGAUCCCAAUAUGGAUCUGAGCAAUCCCGGACGAACUGAAUCAUCAGGAGGUACCUUCCUAAGGAUUUAGUUCCCACGUAUCUAUCUUUAAAAUAUUAAAUUCAGAGCCCAUCUGAAAUAAAAGAAACUCACUUUUUUUUUUUUAAUAACGAUUAAUGUAAUCUCUUCAGGCGGUUGUGGGAAUUACGCAAUUGGAAUUAUAGAAACAAGUUGGUUUCCAAUAUGGGUUAUAGGGGAAUGUCCAACGGGGACCUAAAAU